AUGGUGAAAAUAGCUCUACAGUUUAAAGCUAAUCUUGAAAAUGUUACAGAUUUUCAUAUCGAAUCUUUCGAUGAUUUCAUUUGGUAUUUAAAAUUAGAAUGUACUAAAUGUCAUACACCUUCUGAUACGUAUCAUGAUAUUAAUUUGAGACAAUUAUCAAGUAUAUCUGGAAGCCGUGGCGAAGCUAAUUUUAUAAUGAAAUGUAAAUUUUGCUCUCACGAAGGUAAUCUUAAUAUUGAGCCAAGUAAACCUUCAAUGAAUUAUACAAGUGAUGACGCGGAUAAUCAUACGUUUAAAACAGUCGUUAUAUUUGAUUGUCGUGGCAUAGAACCUAUUGAUUGGCAGCCAGGUGAUGGAUGGGCAUGUCAAGGUGUUGAAUCGGGUACAAAAUUUAGUAAAAUUGAUUUGUCCGAAAAUAAAGAAUGGAUGGAUUAUGAUGAAAAAGCUAAGGAAGCCGUAACGAUUAAUGAACUCGAAUUCAAAUUUGUAAAAGUAAAAUAG